AUGUAUAUCAAACAGGACAAACCAGUCAAACCAGCCAAACAGCUGCUCAGAGACUGUAUCAACAACGACCUCGCUGCGAAAGAUGCGGCGAAAGACACGGAGGGGGCGACGUCGGAUUUGAGUUCGGCGGGGCCCCGUUUGGCCACGUGUGCGCGGCGAUUGGUCCGUGACCGUACCGGCCGGCCGAACCACCGUUUAGUUGAUGUCCCAGCAAAGAAGAAUCUAGACCUGUUCAAGGGUCUCAGCAAGCCGUACACCUCGAUUUUAGUGCAUAUUCGAUCGAUGAGGAUUGGAUUAAAACACUUCCUCUAUAAGAUCAAAGAGGUUGAUUCGGAUCAGUGUGGCUGCGGUGAAGGCUCGCAGACCCCGCGUCACGUGCUGAUACAGUGUCCGUUACACACUGAAAUCCGUAAAGACUUGUUCAAUAAGCUGUCGAAGACUGAUCUUCGGCCGGGAGACCUGGAUUAUGAGACCAUCAUAUCUCACCCGCAAGCGACUCGCUACGUCGCUGAAUUCAUGAUCAAAACAGGCAUCCUGGGGCAAUUUCGCACAUGCGAGGUUGAACCAGAACCAGACCCCGAAGACACUGAACCACUACACCGGAAUCGACCGGAAGGGCCAGGUAGCGAAGACGCUGCGUACACCAGUGACUAA